UACGGGUCGUGCAACACAGUACUGGCUCAGUUCGGGGGGAAAGAAGAGCGAAUUACAGAAGACGGUUUUCGUAGUUCAUGAGCACGGGUUUGUGGGUAUUCCAGCUUCUAGAGCAACCCUGCCAUAUUCAAAAUUCGACUGUGUGUGAAUGUUAUGAGGUGCCGAAGCUGAAUCUCGUCAAAUGUUUCGCGUCAAAUGUAAAAAAGGAACAUUCAUUUAUUAGUUCCAACAAAAGUCUUCAAAAUAUACAAAGAUGAACGAACAUUUUCGUUGAAUAUAAUCAAAAUGUCUUAAUUAAAGACAUGUGUAUUUUGUGGUGUGCAUGACGUAGCUAAGAAAUAGGUAUAAGCAGGUGCAAGCAAAGUGGAUAUAUAAAGUGUGUGUGCAAAUGCUUGCGCAACAUUCAGCGAAGACCAAAUGUUGGGCGGCAGUGACUGUACUCUUUCAGAUAUAACUCUCUCAUCGUCUGCUCACUUUCACAGACACUUAAGUCACUCGGCACUUACUCUUGCAAGAUCAAAUUAUUCUGUCUGUUUUCCCAUUCUUCUUACUUCUUCUCUUUCUUUCCCUUCAUCUUUCUCAUCAGAAGUCACAUGGAGGUCGUGAGGCUGAGAAACAUGCAUCUUUGGCUUCUGAGAGUGUCUUUAUUCGGUGUGACUCUCGCAGUAACAUCAGGAUUCGUGCUUGAAGGUUCCCAGACAUCGUACGCACAGUUUCGGAAAUGGAACGCUGGCUUAAAUGGGUCAAUCGAACUGGAGUUUAAGACGGAACAGCCAAACGGAUUACUCCUAUACACUGAUGACGGAGGAACAUAUGAUUUCUUUGAGAUCAAGCUCGUAGAGGGAGCCCUGAGGCUGAGGUAUAACCUUGGAGGUGGAGCCCAGAUCCUUACAGUUGGCCGGGACCUCAAUGAUGGACACUGGCACAAAGUACAGGUCGAGCGCCACGUGGAAACGACGUCACUUACAGUUGACGGCGUAACGCAGAGUCGAUCUUCGCGUGGUAAAGAAUUCCAUUUUGGCCGCCUUGCCUCUAAUUCGGAUGUGUAUAUCGGCGGUAUGCCAGCGUGGUACAAUACGAAAUUGACACUUCUGGCCCUACCGAGUGUUAUCUUUGAGCCACGUUUUGGAGGCGCGAUUCGAAAUCUCGUAUAUGCGGAUGAGGAAGGUGGUCUUCCCAGGCGCCAGGAGAUGAAGAUGACAGAAUACAAGUGUGGCGCUUUCCAUUGUUCUGAGGCGUCGGGGCUCGGGAGGACGGCUCGGGGUAUCAGAGGAAACACUACAGACGCCUGUGAAGAUCACGACCCUUGCCAACAUGGUGGAAUAUGUAUUUCCACUGACAGUGGACCCAUAUGCGAAUGCCGAAACGUCGACUUUGAAGGGAUAUUUUGCGAGAAAGAUAAGGCUCCGUCAGAAGCGACGUUCAGAGGUUCCGAAUAUCUAUCCUACGACCUGAGCAGAACAGGAGGGGGACCUAUCGUCAGCACUCAGGAUUCCAUCUCUCUCAACUUCAAGACGAGACAACCCAGCGGUCUCCUCUUCUACACAGGUGACGGGCUGGAUUACCUAAACCUGGCACUGAAGGACGGCGGAGUCACUCUGACCAUGAACCUCGGUAAUGGACGCCUGGAAACGCAGAUCAAACCCAACAGAGUGCGGUUCGAUGACAACCAAUGGCACAAAGUUACUGUCCAUAGGAAAGUGCAAGAGAUUUCAGCAGUGACGAGCUUUUGUCGAUUGUCUGCUGUGGUGGAUGGUGUCUAUUCUGACCACUCACACACAGCGGGUACCUUCAGCAUGCUGUCCUCUAGCAGAGUUUAUGUGGGCGGUAGCCAGAACACGCAUGCGCUGCCCGGUUCCAGAAUACAUAACAAUUUCGUCGGUUGUCUCCGAAAGGUUGAGUUCACUGCAGACACACUGAAGCUGAAUUUUAUCGACCUGGGAAGAACUGAGAGUAAGCUUAUCACUGUCGCUGGGCGCGUUGACUUCAUGUGCCAGGAAGUGGAGGCUGCGGACCCUGUCACCUUCACCACUCGGGACUCAAACCUCGCUACUCGCCUAGAAGGAGAGGUGACGUUUGCAACGCCAGAUACCUAUGUGGUGCUGCCACCCUUGGACGCCACUAGAUCCAGUUCAAUAUCCUUCAAGAUCCGAACCAACGAGCCGAAUGGCCUCCUCAUGUAUAGUAGCGGUGCCAGCGCGUCGCAUGCGGAUUUCUUCGCAUUUGAGCUGCUAAAUGGGCACAUCUAUUUGCACCUUGACCUGGGUUCGGGCGGCGUCAAAGUGAAGGCAACAACGCGCCGUGUGGACGACGGAGUCUGGCACGAGGCGACGCUGCGUCGUGACGGUAAGGAGGGUCGCGUCACUGUGGACGGUACUGCCGCAGACUUCAGCACUCCAGGAGAAUCUAACCGGCUGGACCUGGAGGGACCGUUGUUUAUCGGAGGUGUAGGCCCCCCCACCGCCCCUCUGACGGUGCCCCCAGUGCUGUGGGCUGGAGUACUACGUCAUGGUUAUGUGGGUUGCAUGCGUGAUCUCGUCAUCAACGAAAACCCCAUUGACAUCGCGGGAUAUGCUCGCCAGCAAGACUCCGGAGCAAUUCAACCAUCGUGUCACAUUCUGAUGCCCCAGUGUGACUCUCAGCCAUGUAUGAAUGGGGGCCUGUGCACCGAGGGCUGGAACAGGUUCAUCUGUGACUGCACAGCCACCAGUUUCACAGGGCCCACAUGUGGCAAAGACUCAACAACGCUGACAUUCAAUGGGUCCCAGCAUAUGCUGAUCACAAUGCCAGAUGAAUUCCGCACCCAGACAGAAGACGUGACACUCCGGUUCCGCACGACAAGGCCACUUGGACUGCUUCUCACCACCAACACCGAACAGUCAGCAGGCAAGCUGGAGCUUGCUCUCAUGGGUGGCAGGGUGCGUCUUGUGGCCAGGAUGGGUGACCGGGAGAAGGUGUUGCUUGCAGGCCAAGGCCUUAAUGACAACCAGUGGCACACUUUAAGGUUUUCUCGGCGUGGCAGUAAUCUCAAACUUCAAGUUGAUGAUGACAGCCCAGUCAGAGCGGAUGCAGUGUUUGGAAAGCAGAAUAUCCUGGAGUUCCGGAAAAUGCAUGUUGGUGGCUUCUUUCAUGAUGAAGAAGAGGUUCAGAUAACAAACACUGUUCCUAACUUCGUUGGAUCCAUGCAGCAGUUCUCAUUUAAUGGCCAUCUGUAUUUUGAGAUGGCUCGAUCUACCGGUGGUGGUUAUGGUGGUCAACAUGCACCUGGGUCUGCUCCCCAGUUGCAUGUCACUGCCAAAUUUGGCAAACGUGAUCAUCAACUAGUACAUCAUCCAGUUACUUUUCGUUCAAAACACACAUUCGUUGGUCUUCCGGUCCUUAAAGCUUAUUCUGCCACUAAUAUCUACUUCCAGUUUAAGACCCGUGAACCAAGUGGACUGAUAUUAUAUAAUGCUGGAAGAGAACAAGAUUUCUUAGCUGUCGAAUUAGUGAAUGGGCAUCUUCACUAUAUCUUCAACCUUGGAGAUGGACCUGUGAGAGUUCGUGAUAAUGCCAGAAGUAGUCUGAAUGACAAUCGCUGGCAUGCUGUUACAAUAGGCAGACCAAGCCCAAAGCAACAUACCCUCAUGGUUGAUGACAACUUUGCUAUUGUAACAAGUUUGGGUACUAAUGAGAAUCUAGAUCUUGCUGGUAUUCUAUAUCUGGGUGGUGUUCGAAAAGAUAUAUACUCAUUAUUGCCAAAACAAAUACAGUCUCGUCAUGGUUAUGAAGGCUGUUUGGCCAGCCUUGACCUGAAUGGAGAAUCUCCAAACCUCAUGGUCGAUGCUGUAGUUCCGAGUCCUCAACUGGCAUCUGGAUGUGAAGGACCCAGCACAAAAUGCAGUCACAAUAUUUGUGCUAAUCGUGGGAUAUGUGUACAACAGUGGAAUUCGUAUGCAUGUGACUGUGAUAUGACUUCAUACACUGGACCUACUUGCUCAGAUG